AUGAAAUUAGUCCGUUUUUUGAUGAAGCUCUCGCAUGAGACGGUUACUAUCGAAUUAAAGAAUGGAACUCAAGUUACAGGAGCAAUUCAAGGCGUUGAUGUUGCUAUGAAUAUGCAUUUACGUUCUGUGAAGAUGACUAUACGCGGACGUGAACAAAUGCAACUUGAUACGCUUUCCAUACGAGGUUUCUCUUAA